UUCAGUAAUCUAAAACUAAUUUUAAAAAAUGUAAGCAGCCUACUUGCAAACAGCAUGCAGACUGUUGGAUGUAAAAUUCAUGAGAAGUAAAUAUUGUGCUAGUAUCCAAAGAAAGCGAGGCCGUUGCAAACCUUUAAAAUUUGAUUCCUUUUAUGGGUCAAAUAGACUGAAGAAAUUGUAACCGCAGGGGGCCCCCAAUUUAUUUUUUUGUCAUGGGGCCCAAGAUUUCUGGCGGCGCCCUUGUGUCCAGUAGAGCUUCCUGUUUUCAAAGCCUCCUGCUUUUAGUAGAUUCCUGUUUUAUUUUGGAGAGUGUGGGGUUUUCUCCUCACUUCCUGUUCUUGAAGCUCCUGUCGGUUCUGUUUUAUCUGGUCGGGUUUGGGGGGAGGUGUUGAGUUACAGGAAGCAGCAGAGGCCAGCAGGGACGCUCCUGAAUUAUUGAUCGCUCUCAUAGCUUUUAUUUUCUUCCUGGGAUGACGGCAGAAGCAUUCACCUGAGAUUUCCCAGGAGGCCUCAGUCACCCGGUCGCCACAGAAACAAGAUAAAGCUGACAAGGACGAAGAUGAGUCCAGUCGAGUCACAUGACCCUGACUCUCUCCAACAAGAAAACACACCCGGACGCCCCCACCCACUAAUCCCUCCAUCGAUUUGCAGACUCAGCGCUAAUCUGGAGUUUCCUUCACAACCGAAUUUCAAAAUAAAACCACUGGAUUAUAUCACCUGCUCAUUAAGGUGCCUGUGCUAGCCCUAUUUAUCUCUGAGCCAAAUAUUUAGAUUUGACACUAAAUCACUUGCUGAUAACCGGAAGUGGACCACCAAAAUAAAAAGAUGGGUCUUCAUAAACCGUCAUGUCUCCAAUCAUCAUCGUUCAGCUGAAAACAGAACGAGUCGAGAUGCUUCAGCAUCUCACCAGCAGGACUUAUGGAGGAGUUGGCUCAGCCUUUAUUUUGAAAGUCCCCCUCCCUCCACCUAUCUCAAAGUAAAUUUCUAUUUUGGCUAAACAUUUAGCUCUGAGCUAACUGACUAGUUUGGAGAUGAAUAUUUAGCUAUCAAUCAAUCAAAUGUUAUUUGUUGAUCACAUUUCAGCAACAGAACAAAGAAUCGAAACUUUCCAUUUAGUCCCAACGAAAAAUUAUUAAACCGUUCAGUGAUUUAUAAACAACCAGUGAAGUACUGAAGAACCGGGUGAUGUAGAACUAGGUGGUGUAGAACAGAUUGGUGUAGAAUCCGAGGGUUCCAGGAUCCACCUUGGGGAACCCCACAUGUGACCUCUGACCUUUUGAAACAGAAAUCCCAGUUCUUCAGGUUGGACUGGAACCAGUUGAGUUCUGGACUGGAAAGUCUGACCCAGUUUUCCAGUCGGUUAGGUAACAUGAUCAGAACCAGAUCUGUGGUUCUUCCACCGUCUGUGUUUAUAUGGAUAAACUAGACCUUUAACUAGGCCGGUCUCAGUGCUGCGGUAACCAUGGAAACCAGGUUACCGGAAACAGCUGCAGGUUGGAGAUCCAGACGGAUUCUACCAGGUUUGGUACCUGCUGCUUCUGAAACACCUGACCAGGUGAGAUGAGUUUGUGAUGAAGGACAUCCAGACAGUGAUUUAAUGAUUCAUUAUUUCUUCUGGGGUUUUAUAAUGAAAUAGUUGAAAUUGGGUUUAUGUUGGAUAAACAGUGGUGCUGGAUUUAGGGUGGAUGUGGAGAUUAAUCCUCUAAUUUCUAAAUAACUGGGAUUAUUGCUCUGAGCGAAAUCCAAAUUUAGUCUGAAACUUUAUAACUUAACGCAGAAAGGCGGCGCAGUCUCUGAAAAUAUGACUUUGUUUUUUCCUCUUCAAAGAAUUAAAUAAUAAUCUGAAUAAUCCAGAUUAACUGAACAUGAUGAUGCGUAAUCAGAGGGACUGUCGUUCUGUUGGACUGGACUCAGAACCAGCAGGUGGUUAGAACCUGUUGAUGACAUCAGAUGGUGUUGUUGCAGCAUCACCUGGACAGGUGUAGGUCAAAGUUCACUUUGGUUCUUUGAUGCCAGCAGGAAGGGAGUCACUGGAAGUUUCUAGAACAAUAAUGACGCUGGGCUUUUAUUGUGAAGGGCCGGCUUCCGGUGCAGCAGCCCACCUGCACGCACCUUGACGCAGCUCAGAGGCCAGUCGGCAUGACAACGCGCUCUCCAGGGCAAACCGGGAACAGCUGAUGGAGGAGGAGGAUGGCAGCUCAGCAUGUCCAGUAACGGAACCCGCGCAGACAGCAGAACCGCCGCUGGUUCGGUCCAGCUGCCGGCCAUGGAGAGAGCGCGGCCCAUCACGGUGAAGGUGUCCGCGGUGAGCCUGGCGCUCAGCUCGCUGUCCCUGCUGCUGCUGGUCACCGCCAUCUCCACCGACCACUGGUACCAGACCGACACCCGCAGGCACAAGCAGAACUGCGACGGUUCCGACUCCAACGACCAGAAGAACCGGGAGAUGCCCAUCUACCACCUGCCGCUGGUGGACACCGGCGGCGCCGCGGCCCGGCAGCGGGACGUGGCGCUGAUGAAGCCCGUGCAUGUGGGCAGCAGGGAGGAGGAGCUGCUGGAGAACUGGCGGGCCAUCCUGGGGAUGGGCAUCCUGGAGACGGAGUGCGGCAGGCCGCUGUUCUCCACGCACUCCGGCCUCUGGAGGAAAUGCUACUUCAAGGGACUGGACCCGGACAUCGACAAGCUGAUCGACCGGGGUAUCGCAGAUCGCUGCACGGCUGUGAAGUACCACUUCUCUCAGCCAAUCAGAUUAAGAAACAUCCCUCUGAACCUGACCAGGACCAUCCAGCAGGACGAGUGGCACCUGCUGCAUCUGCGGCGCAUCACGGCGGGCUUCCUGGGCAUGGCGGCCGCCGUCCUGCUGUGCGGCAGCAUCGUGGCGUCGGUCGGCUUCUUCUGGGAGGAGAGUCUGACGCAGCACGUCUCCGGCCUGCUCUUCCUUAUGGCAGGGAUCUUCUGCACCAUUUCUCUGUGCACGUAUGCAGCCAGCGUGACCUACGACCUCUCCAGGAACCCGCCCUUCAUCUACGGUCUCCCGUCCGACGUGGACCACGGCUACGGCUGGUCCAUCUGCUGCGCCUGGGCCAGCCUGGGUCUGACCGUCGCCUCCGGCUGCCUCGGAACCGCCUUCCCUUUCCUCAGCCGGGCCGGCGCGCUCCGAUCCAAAACAGCCCGUGAAUCCUCCGUGUGACCUGCCGGUACCGGCUGCGCGACUUUGGACCUCAGGUGGACAGACUCACCUGUCUGUAGAUCCUUUGUGUAGGUAGCGCCCCCUGGUGGAGGUGAACUAAGGAAGUGUUAACUGAAUCCAGUUGGGCUCUGACCACUGCAAAUUUUCAGGUGUUCUGCUAUGAUAUCACAGGUGGGCGUGGCCACACGGACCGCGGCUCCUCACAGUUUCUCCUGAGAGUUUUAUUUUGGAGGAUGAGGAAUGUUUUUCAUUCCACUGGGCUCCCCACUGCCCAGGUCUGGACUUGUUAAAAAUCACAGCUUGUUAACAUGUCUGGACUCGUUAACUCGACUCGUUAACGUCUCUGGACUCGUUAAAAUCUCUGGACUCAUUAACUCGACUUGUUAACAUCUCUGGACUCGUUAAUGUCUCUGGACUCGUUAACGUCUCUAGACUCGUUAACGUCUCUGGACUCGUUAACGUCUCUGGACUCGUUAACGUUUCUGGACUCGUUAAUGUCUCUGGACUAGUUAAUAUCUCUGGACACGUUAACGUCUCUGGACUCUUUAACGUCUCUGGACUCGUUAACGUUUCUGGACUAGUUAAUGUCUCUGGACUCGUUAAUGUCUCUAGACUAGUUAAUGUCUCUGGACUCGUUAACGUCUCUGGACUCGUUAUCGUCUCUGGACUAGUUAAUGUCUGGACUCGUUAACGUCUCUAGACUAGUUAAUGUCUCUGGACUCGUUAACGUCUCUGGACUCGUUGACGUUUCUGGACUCGUUGACAUCUCUGGACUAGUUAACGUUUCUGGACUAGUUAAUAUCUCUGGACACGUUAACGUUUCUGGACUCGUUGACAUCUCUGGACUAGUUAACGUCUCUAGACUAGUUAAUGUCUCUGGACUCGUUAACGUCUCUGGACUAGUUAACGUUUCUGGACUCGUUAAUGUCUCUGGACUAGUUAAUAUCUCUGGACACGUUAACGUCUCUGGACUCGUUAACGUCUCUGGACUCGUUAACGUCUCUGGACUCGUUAACGUUUCUGGACUCGUUAACGUCUCUGGACUAGUUAAUAUCUCUGGACACGUUAACGUCUCUGGACUCGUUAACG